CUCUAUGAUAAAAUCAACACCAGGUCCACUCCUCAGGUCAGAAACCCUGCCAGUGAUGCUGUGCAGAGAGCUAAAGAGGUGCUUGAAGAAAUCUGCUGCUGCCCUGAGAAGUACGAAGCUAAAGAACUCAGACGGAUAUUAACACAGCCGCAUUUUAUGGCACUGCUGCAGGCCCACGAUGUGGUCGCCCACGAGGUUUACAGUGAUGAGGCUCUGCGAGUGACACCUCCACCUACCUCACCAUACCUGAACGGAGACUCACCAGAGAGCGCCAACGGAGACAUGGACCUGGAGAAUGUCACCAGAGUACGCCUGGUCCAGUUCCAGAAGAACACUGAGGAGCCAAUGGGCAUCACCCUGAAGAUGAAUGACUCCAACCACUGCAUCGUGGCCAGGAUAAUGCAUGGAGGAAUGAUCCACAGACAAGGAACGUUGCACGUUGGAGAUGAGAUCAGGGAGAUCAACAGCAUCAGUGUGGCCAACCAGACAGUGGAGCAGCUGCAGAGGAUGCUGAGGGAGAUGAGAGGAAGCAUCACCUUCAAAAUAGUCCCCAGCUAUCGGACGCAGGGCUCCUCAUGUGAG